AUGUCUACCGCUUCCUUCUUCCUCGGCUCUCUUGCCCUUCUUGGUGGUGUUUCCGCCCACAUCAAGGUCCAGACACCCACCCCAUUUGCUCCCUCGAGCUUAGACACCAGUCCGCUGAACAAUGCAGCCAUCGGGAGCUCGGGGUCCAACUUUCCUUGCAAAAUGCGCCAAGGCGGCUAUGAGGUUGUGAACCGCACCCAGAUCAAAGUGGGCUCUGCUCAGGACCUGAUCUUCUCCGGAAGUGCAAGCCACGGUGGCGGCGUGUGCCAACUGGCCAUGACCACCGACGCCGAGCCAAACGCACAGUCCGAAUUCAAACUCUUUACCGUGAUCGAGGGCUGCCCGAUCAAGGACGAUUCCGGCUCCGGUGGGAUCAGCCCCUACUCCUUCAAGUUGCCCGAAGGCACUCCAAACGGCAAUCUGACAUUAGCCUGGAUGUGGUACAACCGCAUUGGCAACCGCGAGAUCUACAUGAACUGCAUGCCUGUCGAAGUCACCGGCGGCAGCGACGACAAGACCGCCUACAACGCUCUCAGCAACGCCUACAUCAUCAACCAGCCCACCGCGGACUGUUCGACGCAGGAGACGAGUGAUCCCAUCAUCCCCAAUCCCGGCAGCGCCGAAAUUCAGAAGUUCAAUCCUGCUUCCGUGGUUUCGGCUUCGGGGACUGCUUGUGCUGCUUCCGCCGCUGCGAUGACCAAGGGGGUUGCGGCUGGCUCGAACAGCUCGCCUGCUACCGCUUCCGCCGCGGCUUCCUCUCCUCCGGCUUCCUCUACUGCUUCUUCUUCCGCGCCUGCCAGCUAUCCCACCUCUGCACCAAGCAGCUCGGCUUCCUCUGGUGGCGGCAUGAUCGGCAUGAACACUUCUUCCGCCUCUGCCUCUGAAGCCACGGCUCCUGCUUCUUCAGCAGCCAGUCCAUCCGUCUACUCGACGAUGAGUGCAUCCAGCGCAGCCGUUCCAGCCCCGUCCAGCUACACCCCCGCUUCUGGUUCCAACUCAACAUCUAGCAGCAGCUCUCCAAGCAGCGGCUCCAGCGACAGCGGCAUGACCUGCUCCACCGACGGCACACAAUUCUGCGUCAUCGCAAACGGCCAGAAUGUGUGUCGCCAAGUCGCAGCUGGUACUUCUUGCACAAACGACCAGAUUGUCAAGAGGUCUGUCUUCCGACACCCACACAUCAGGCGCCACGUCUAA